UCCCCCCGGUAGAACCUUCCCUCAGGGCCAUGGCCACUCCGAGUGUGGCCAAUCCUGUCAAAAUGGCCAUUUUCAUCACCAGUAUCAAAAACCAUGAAUUUUGAUACCCAUAUUGCCCAAAGUCGUAUGGUUCGAUAAAUGUCCCCUCGGUAGAACCUUCCCUCAGGGCCAUGGCCACUCCGGGUGUGGCCAAUCCUGUCAAAAUGGCCAUUUUCAUCACCAGUAUCAAAAACCAUGAAUUUUGAUACCCAUAUUGCCCCAAGACCGGGUCCGGUGGUAGCCUCUAAACCCCAGUAUGGCCUGGGUUCAAUCCCAGACGGACCCGGUGGCAUUUUUCGAGACGAGAUUUGCCUGACCACGCCUUCUAUCGGAUGGGGAAGUAAAACGUCGGUCCAUUAGCGUAAAAGAGGUUUUGAAUGACUCACCACACAUAACCUUCGGACGCCUAGAAAUGAGCAGAAACUUGCAACAGAGACCACAAAAGACCCGGGGGUCGUUAAAGUGGAUUACUUUGCUUUGCUUUGCCCCAAGUCGUAUGGUUCGAUAAAUGUCCCCUCGGUAGAACCUUCCCUCAGGGCCAUGGCCACUCCGGGUGUGGCCAAUCCUGUCAAAAUGGCCAUUUUCAUCACCAGUAUCAAAAAUCAUGAAUUUUGAUACCCAUAUUGUCCCAAGUCGUAUGAUUCGAUAAAUGUCCCCCCGGUAGAACCUUCCCUCAGUGCCAUGGCCACUCCGAGUGUGGCUAAUCCUGUCAAAAUUGCCAUUUUAAUCACCGGUAUGAAAAAUCAUGAAUUUUGAUACCCAUAUUGCCCCAAGUCGUAUGGUUCGAUAAAUGUCCCCUCGGUAGAACCUUCCCUCAGGGCCAUGGCAACUCCGCGUGUGGCCAAUCCUGUCAAAAUGGCCAUUUUCAUCACCAGUAUAAAAAACCUUGAAUUUUGAUACCCAUAUUGCCCCAAGUCGUAUGGUUCGAUAAAUGUCCCCCCGGUAGAACCUUCCCUCAGGGCCAUGGCCACUCUGGGUGUGGCCAAUCCUGUCAAAAUGGCCUUUUUCAUCACCAGUAUCAAAAACCAUGAAUUUUGAUACCCAUAUUGCCCCAAAGUCGUAUGGUUCGAUAAAUGUCCCCCCGGUAGAACCUUUCCUCAGGGCCAUGGCCACUCCGGGUGUGGCCAAUCCUGUCAAAAUGGCCAUUUUCAUCACCAGUAUCAAAAACCAUGAAUUUUGAUACCCAUAUUGCCCAAAGUCGUAUGGUUCGAUAAAAUGUCUCCCGGUAGAACCUUCCCUCAGGGCCAUGGCCACUCCGGGUGUGGCCAAUAUCCUACCAGUUUGGUCCCAACCCCGUUACCUUGAAUCAUUCUGGUUUCCGAGUGACCGUUCUAACAAAGUUCUUUAGAACAGAAUUCCUCCCAAGAUGGUGCACAACCUGUGUAUUUCAAUGUGUGUAUGUGUGUGUGAGCAAUAAAAUUACCACCGUCGAUCCGUCUCUGACGGAUUUUCGGUCAAAACUAACUGUUCAGAGGCUAUCUGUUAGCUUAUAUAGCUCGCAUGAAAUGUGGCAACAUGGUGCAAAUUUUGCCUCGUCUCCUGCUUUCUUGGAACUGUCACGCGAGAAUGUUGCACCAUUGUUGCCACACUUCAUUCGUUGCUGACCCCUUCCGCAGUACCAAGCAUGCAACAUUUUCGUAACGCGCGACAUUUUUCGUUUUUCUGGAUUGACACCUCACCAGAAUAGAGCCCUUAGGACAAAGUUCUUUGUCAAAAAUCGUCAAACCACCAAACGAAAACACCAGAUGAACACGUCUAAAAAGGGUGGUGUAACGAAGAAAUGAGUGGUUUAAAAGCCAUUCAAGUGAAUCUCCACCAUGCUAAAGGAGCAUCUGGAAUCCUCAGCAGGAGAUUCAUUAAGGAAAAGAUUGACAUUGGAUUAAUUCAAGAGCCAUGGUCAAAUAAUGGAAAGGUAUUAGGAUGCCCCACCAACUCAGGCAAACUUUUGUACGACAGCAAGCACUGCCACCCAAGGACAGCAAUUUUGGAAAGUAAGGAUAUUAAGUUUGUCCCCAUUACUGAAUUUAUUACAAAAGAUUUAGAUGCAAUCAGAGUAGAAGUUCCAACUAUUAAUGGCAAAACAGAGGUAAUCAUUGCUUCAGCGUACUUCCCGGGUGAUACAGAGGAAGUACCAACGCCCGAAGUUGCUGCACUUGUCGACUAUUGCAAGAAACUUAACAAGCAAUUCUUAAUCGGGUGCGACGCAAAUGCCCAUCACACAAUUUGGGGUAGCACCAUCCGCGCGAUCCGCGCCGUCCGUAACAACCCUGCACUUCUCAUCAUUUUGUUGGCACACACAGUGACACACACGAGAAUCCCUCAAACGCUUAAUGAAUAUCGCCAAAAUUAACUUUUCACUUUCGCUUACUUUUUCACGGCGCUUAAGAUAUGAAAUUGCUUCCAACUACCGGCAACAUGUUCUUUUGAUCAUUAGUAAGGCACUCACUUGAAGAAUAAUCCCGAAAAAUGUAAUAAAUUAGCAAGCGCCAUCAAAAAAACAAACGCGCCAAGUCGUUUGACGUUUAAAUUUUCACUUUGCAUUCUAAUCGAAGGCUGAAGAAAACCGAGCGAGAGACGAAGGCAAAAAAGAACAAAGGCUGGCCGUCAACACCACCAGCAGCACAGCCAGCGAUGCCAGGAAACUUUCCCUAUAAAUGCCACUUUUCGUGAGUGUUCGUUUGAACUGUCAGCGCAAAUGGCAACACUCGACAGAGUGUUGGAAGAAAAAAGAACUAAGCCGAUAUUAGAAAAAUGGGCGUGGCCCAAUGCAUUCGCCUCGAUUAGAAUACCCUUGGGAAUUUUUUUUUGUUAAAUGCUUGGUAAAGAAAUAGAAUAACUUUUAGUGAAAGUGAAAAUAAACAGAAAUGUUCACAAAAACUUGCUCUACUCGUUGGUGUACUUGGUUUUAGUAAAAUUCAAGGGAGACUCUAGAUUAUCCAGCAUCAUUCAAACACGACCGCUUAUUAGGAUUAAAAUGGGUAGAUUUCCCCUAUAUCAUUAAUUGGAUAGAAGCAAUGCUAACGGAUCGCGAAAUUUCUGCAGACUUUGGAGGAACAAGACGGACUAUCAAAUCAAAAAAGGGUGCCCUCAGGGGGGAGUGCUAUCACCUUUACUAUGGUGUCUGAUAGUCGAUGUACUUCUUCGAAAGCUUGCAGGAAUGGGAUUCGAAGUCAUAGGGUAUGCUGAUGAUGUGUCCAUUUUGAUACGAGGAAAGUACGAGAGUACUCUAAGUUGUCGAAUGCAAACUGCACUGAAUUAUACACUGCGAUGGUGUAAGCAAGAAGGGCUUAAUGUAAAUCCCUCCAAAACGGUCAUCAUUCCCUUUACCAAGAAGAGAACAAUGGAAAAGCCUGUACUUGAGUGGAGUAAAAAUCGACUUCUCAUCUGAAGUAAAAUACCUAGGUGUUACUUUGGAUAAGAAACUCAAUUGGAACACACACCUUGAACAGGCAAUAAGGAAAGGCACUAAUGCCUUAUGGACAUGUAGUCGUGCCUUCGGGAAGAAAUGGGAUUUAAACCCUAAAAUGAUUAAAUGGAUCUACACGGCUAUUGUGAGACCAAGAAUUAGCUAUGCCUCUUUGAUUUGGUGGCCUAAAACAAAGGAACUAACAGCUCAAAAAAGGAUAGGUAAACUUCAGAGACUUGCAUGUCUAGCAAUUACAGGGGCAAUGAAGAGCACCUCCUCGGAUGCUUUAAAUGCCCUACUAAACCUGCUACCUUUACAUCAGUUUGUUCAACUUCAGGCAGAGCAAAGUGCCUUAAAACUGAAUAAGAGUCUGAAUGUCCUAGAUGGUGAACUAAGACUUCAAUUUGGAUUUGAAGGAACAAACAAUCGAAGACUGGAUGCCGAUCACAACAAACUUUGACAUUCCCUUUAAAGUGGUUAAAACAAGCCGCAUAACAUGGGAAUCUGGUGGUCCUUCCAUCCGGUCCGGUUCCAUUGUAUUUUACACGGACGGCUCAAAAAUGGACCAAAACACAGGUGCGGGAGUGGUUGGUCCUGGAACGAGAAUUUCAAUCCCAACGGGAAAAUCGCCAACGGAUUUUCAAGCCGAAAUCUAUGCCAUCUUAGAAUGUGCAAGAACUUGUCUUAGAAGAGGGUAUCGAUACUCAAAUAUCUGCAUCUUCUCUGAUAGUCAAGCAGCUUUGAAUGCAUUAAAAUCGUUCAACUGCUCUUCCAAGCUAGUCUGGGAAUGCAUUCUCUCUCUUAGACAGGUAGCCUCAAGGAACGCAGUCAAUCUAUACUGGGUACCUGGGCAUUGUGGGAUCGAGGGAAAUGAGAUUGCUGACAGAUUGGCCAGAGCAGGUUCUGAAAAUGCCUUUUGUGGUCCAGAACCGUUCUGUGGAGUACCAUCAGACUGCGUAAUUCAAUUAAAACUAAAAAGAUGGGAAUCUGAUAUGGUAACUAAUAACUGGAAUGCCACAAUUGAUUCCAGACAAGCAAAACGUUUUAUUACACCUGAUGUAAAGUCCGCGAAGGCGUCAUUAAAACUUAGCAAAAAAAACUUAAGGGUAUAUUCUGGCUUAAUGACAGGUCAUUGCCCUUGCAGAUAUUAUUUAAAAAAGCUUAAGAAGGUUGAAACUUCUAUGUGUCGUUUUUGUCAACAUGAAAACGAAACUGCAGAACAUAUAUUAUGUGAUUGCAUAAUGCUUGUUAAUCAUCGACUUUCUGUAUUCAAUCAAAGGCUGAUUAAGCCUACCGACAUAUGGAAAUCUCAUCCCAAAAUGGUUAUAUAUUUUAUUAAUCGAGUAGAGCUAACUGGGAUAACAUGCAAAGGCAGCCACCGCCCCCCACAUCUCAAUUGUGAUGGACGAGCUGUGCUGCAAAUAAUAUACUGGGCCACACCACAAUAUACCUAUAAUUAGGUCGCAGUGGUACAAGGCUCUACAAAAAAAAAGUUCUUUGUCAUACUGGUCAUGUGUAACAUAACCACCUGCACCUUUUUUGAAAACUUUUUCUUACUCUUGUCUAUUCCAUAAUUUUAAGUAAUAAUGUUUUCGAUUGAAUUACGAUGUAAAACACAGCUGAAAGGAACACCAAAACUCUGUUAUGUACCAAAAUGAACUCAUUGUAACUUGAUUAUUCACAAAUAAAACCAGAUUGAAUUGAAUUGAAACACACAAAGAAAAAAUACUCUAAAUUUAAAAAGAUCGUUCGUUGGAUUAAAAGUUCGCGUUGGUGAAUAUUCGUAGAAAGAUCAAACUUUUUAAUUUAAAAAUUAGAAAGUUUUUGAUACUACCAAGCACUUCUGGAACGAAAUCGUUGUAUCGGUAAAAGUUUUUUACUUUUAUUAUAAGAAGAAACUUUUUAUAGCAACAAUAAAUAACAUUUAACAUUACAGUGAUGAUUUUAAAAAAAUGUGAUGGAUUUUAUUUCUAUUUUUAUUUUAAUAUUAAAAAUGCUGCUUAUGCAGCUUAAUAUCGCGGCCUACAUUUUGGAGCGCGACAGCGAUGUAGAGAACAGGGUGGUCUCGUUGCCGGCCAUCAUCAGGACAGGCUUGGAGGAGUUGGCCAUUGGGUGUUAAUUCGAGAAGGUAAGUCGGGAAGGUAAGUCGACGUUCCCGAUCACAUCGUCCUCCUUCGAGAAUGGCACAGAUGUUGCCAGUUCAUCCGGCCGAAGCUGCGCCGUCGCGAGUUGAGAGUUUGCGGGCGGGAGUUGCUGAAAGAGUUUGAAAGUAAAUUAAAUUGGCUAGACACUGAACACGUUCUCAAUACUCACCGGUGACUUCUUCGGUAUUCCAGGUAGAUGUUCUUGAUCAGGUUCGUCUGAUAUCGCUCCAACCUUUGGAAGUAAUCCGGUACGACAGCUUCAGGACCUGCGGCUUUCGUACAGAUGGUUCUUCCAGAACUGGUGCAAACUGUUCUUCCGGAUGUUUAUGUAAUACUCGUCAAACAUGUCCCGCACCGAGAAAUGGACUGCGGACCCUCAGGACAUCCCACACUGUCCCGUCAUCACUUCCGGCACAUAAUGCUGCUGAUGGUCGUAAACCGCCGGCACCGAGUGCAACAUCCGCGCUGACCACCUCCGAUCGCUUCUCGUCGUUUCCCUCUUCCGUCGGAUCCUUCUCCUCACCGUUAAAAUUAACUUUAUCGAAUACAACCGGUGCCAAUUCACAUCCGCAUAAACGGCGUCCUACAAAAUCAAACAAAAUCAAACACAAACGCCACCCAAGCUUCCUUCUUACCCAUUUCGGUCGUGAAACAGCUGCAGAUCCGGCAGGAAGCUGGCCUCAUCCUUUUGAAAACCAACUUUCCCCUAAUCCCCUAACCUUGUUCCGCACCAUCCUCCUUCGAAGGUAUUCGCGUCCAAGUCCUGGCUGCGGACGCGUUCUGUUUUGAUUGACGUCGUGGACCACCACUCACUAACCACCGGAAUCACCUAAACGUUUGUUUACAUUUUGGACUUAGACGUACACGGUUUCACGAGAACGACAAAAUGAAAGAAAUUAUACAGUCGAAUUAAAAGUUAAAACUUUUAAAUAAGUUAGCAAUGAGAUUUUCAAAAACUGUAGCAGUAAAAGUUUUCAUUUUCAAAACAAGAAAAAAACUUUUAAUGUAGCAAUUUUUAGCCACUUAUUGAUUCAAAAGUAAGUUACUUUUGUCAUUACCAUAAUAUUUUUUUGUGUGAAUUAAAAAUCUUAUUUAAAACA